ACACAGCAGCAAGGGUGGCUUUCGCUUUCUUCGAUACCUCCACACAAUCGCGUCCGGGAGUCGAGAGCAUAGCAUAGCAUAGCAUUUCGUCGGUUCACAUGUUGUGUGUACCCAAAGGAUCAAAGGACACUGCCUCAGCAGCACUCAGCACUUAGUGUGAGGUGAAGAAAAUCAGUUUCCGCACAAACCUGACCUUUUAGUGUCGCGUGAAGAAAACGCGGCGGCCCCUCACGCACAAUCGGGAAGAAAAUGGACUCCCAACUCCCACCGGAGACGGAAACAUCAAACGUAGCAGCACCUGAUAGUUGUUUAGUGGACUAUUUGGAAAGAGUCGGUGAAGCAGUUCGUGGCUUAUCAGUUUGGGCACAGUUCGGUCAUCUCGGUAGGCUGUGAAUGUUUGUUGGGGAAACGGAGGGCUUGGAUUUGGAGUCAAAGUUCAACUUCGCACAGUAGGGGGAAUCCUGCAUCGAAGUAGACUGGAUUACUUGGAUGCUGUGCGACAAUGGUGUCAUUUUGGGUGUGAAAAUCAUAAUGCAGAACGAUAAAUCGACGACGAACAAUCAGUGAACGUAGGAACAAGUGCGUAGCAGAAACUACAAUCAUUUUGUGAACUAGAAGUCUCUGUCUCUUUUCGGAAUAGUGUAUCCACGUAGAACCAUCAUCAUCGUCUCUAGGAAAUUGAUGUGCCUUCAGAACUUUUAACUGGUCACCCUCCAUCGAUAGAAAUCCAAGAAAAGCAGGCGAGCAACCGAGCGUAGCAACAUAGCAAGCCGUGAAUUUCAAGUCCCCUUCUGCAAAAAAUAAUAACCAUAUUAUCGCGGUAUCCUACCAACCAUCACACCCCGCCACGAGGUACAUUUUACUAGCGCUUAUUCUACCAGCAGUGCGUAACAGCAUCUUAAAUGUUUAGGGAAGAAACAUCAGCAGAUAUUUAGCUCUUCGUAACUUCUAGUAAGCUUCUCAAACGCAAAUGGCAACUAUUGUGCAUCUUUUAACGUAAUCAUCAUAUCAAAACCGAUAUCUUUACUUCAACAAAUAUUAUACACUUAUAUAAUCAUAUCGACAAUUUAUAUAUACACAAACACAAAUUUUAUCUCACGUAGCUGGCUAGACAUAUGCAAAUAGGAGAGGCAAACGGUAGUGGUUUUAAAGUGGGUACACCAAUCAACGUCAACAAGUGGGCCCAAAGAAGAUAUUUCUUAAAAUCGAUUUAAAUAACAAAAAAGAGAGCACAAACUUUCGUUCCCCCCCCAUCUUCAAUUUUCGAGACACAACCAACCAACAUAGCACACCAUGAAGCGCCGGAACGACUACAAGGUGGCCAUGGCCGAAAGUAUGGAGUUGGAACCGCUCGGUGGCAUGGACAAACCUUCCGACACCAAGCGGAAUGGUAUUAACAAGUACGGUGGCGAUAGUACCAGCGGUCGUCCAGGACGGGAAGGCGUUGCUGUUUGUUCACAGAAGCGAGCACUAUGCGUGACGGCCAUUGUACUGGGCACCCUGCUUGCCACCGCCCUGGUGAUAGCCUACGCCGGGCCCCAAAGCGUGUGCCCCUGUGCCGGCAAGAUCCCACCCGGGUUCGUCGUGGAGGGAUACAACAGCUCGGAACCCUUCCAGCCGAUUGCCACCAAUGGGCAACCGUUUCCCUGGCUGCUGCCAACACUGCCGAACAACGUCCGGCCCAAUCGGUACAUGCUGACGAUCCACCCGAAUCUAACGACGUUGGAUGUUAAGGGUCAAGUUACGGUUGAGUUCUACGUCGAGAAGGAGACCAAUUUCAUCGUGCUUCACGCGCAAGAUCUGAACAUCACGGAAAAGGCUUUGGUGGGACCAAAAGGAUAUGCGCUGAAGAUCUUACGAAUACUGGAGUAUCCACCGAGGCAGCAGUUGUACAUAGAGCUGAGGGAUAAGCUUCGUAAGAAGACCAAUUUUACCCUGAGCAUUCGGUGGUAUUCGAAGAUGAUCACCGAACCGGAUGGAUUCUUUGUAGAUGUCUUUGAACCAGAACCGGACGUUAAGAAGAUACUGGCAGCGACUGUACUGAAGCCAGGAAGCGCCCGCAAAGCAUUCCCUUGCUUCGAUGAGCCUCAUCUAAGAGCGUCGUUCAGGAUAUCCCUGUUCCGUGAUCGAUUCCACAUAGGACUGUCGAACUCGAUCGUGCAGGAUACGGAUGACGUUGGAUUCUACAUGGGAACGGGAUUGCUACGUGACGACUUUGCCGAGACGCCACCUCUUCCACCGAACAUGAUCUCGUGGGUAAUCAGCAGCUUCAAGCGUCAACUGCUGGACCCAUCGCCCAUCUACCAAACGGUCAACAUCACCAAAGACACUCACAAACCGCUACUGGAACCGACGAAGCCGCCACCAAAACUGACAAAGGCGGAAAAGAAGCCAUUCCGCAACCUAACUGCCGUCCUACUGUCGAAGAACCUCUUCAAACUGACGAACAAUCAACCACCUAGCACCGCAAAGCCGUCUGCCGCGAACGAAUCCAGUAGCGACGGAACCGUUGCCGCUCAUGCAAUUCAGGGAAAUCAUACCAACGGCAACGGUACCGAAACCAAUCAUACCAUAGCCAGUGACGCAUUAGAAAUCAAAACGGCACCGGCUUACUCAUUCUACGCUCCGCAGCCUUACGUUGACAAAGGCAGCUUCGUACUGCACACAUCCAGGGACAUCCUGGAAUAUCUGCAGCAAUGGUUGGGAGUAGCGUAUCCACUGUCAAAGCUAGACUUCAUCGUGCUACCGACUCUCAACGAUGACCUGACAAGCUCUCUGGGGUUGAUUGUACUCCGGAUGUCAUUUCUGAACUCACCCGAAGAGGUAUCCACCAAAGACUACCACAUGUCUGUGGUGAAGAUAUCGGAAGGAAUCAUAAAGCAAUAUUUUGGAGGACUUAUUUCUCCGAAAACUUGGAAACAUGUCUGGCUAUGGGAGGGCAUCAUCAAGUAUCUAAGCAGGUUCAUCCUGACACCAAUCCGACCACUUUGGCCAAUGAACGAGUUGUUCUUGAUCGAGACCACUACGCGAGCUCUCGAUAUUGACGCCCUGCAAGGUUGGGAGAGUAUCAGCCACGGAACAUCCGACACCGGAGAUAACGAAGACUUCUACAUAGACAAAUCGGCAACGAUGCUGUCCAUGUUACAAUCGGCCAUCGGAGAAGCGAACUUCCGGCAGUGUUUGGGCAAGUUCAUCAAGGCAUUCAAGUUCAUGACGGCGGAACCCACGGACCUGUGGUCGAUUUGUGCACGGCAGGUCAACAGUAGCAAAAACGUCAAGGAGAUGAUGAACUACUGGACUAACUUGGCGGGAUUCCCGUUGGUGAACGUUAGCCGAGAGGGCGACGAACUUCACAUCACUCAAGUUCCGUUUGCACCCGCCGAAUUUUUGGCCAUCCACGACGAUCCGAACGCCGAAGAAAACGAUUCACUGUCCACUACGACAACGACUACGACGACGGUAGCUCCGCCCACUGCCAAGGACAGCAAGAGACGUACGCGGUGGACCUUCCCCAUAAGCUACGUGACCAGCAACAGCGAACAACUGCCAAAAACGAUUUGGUUCAAUUCAACUGAAACCAAAAUUUCACUCGAUCACUCGCCGAAAUGGAUAAAGCUGAAUCACGAUCAAACGGGUUAUUACCGGGUGCUCUACGAUGAGGACAAUUGGAUCAAGUUGGUCGCACAGCUCCAAAUCAAUCAUCACAUCUUCAACACGCAGGAUCGCGUCGGAAUAGUCUCGGACAUCUUCACCCUGUGCCACGCGAACCUUCUCCGGUGCGAUUACGCGAUGGAUUUGAUAUCGUACUUCCCGAAGGAGCAGGACUGGGGCCCGGUCCUAGUCGGGCUUAAGCACCUAGAGAAAUGGCGCAAGAUUCUCAAGUACUCCGAGUGCUAUCUGGUCCUGGCAGAGUACAUCCGGCAGAAUCUCGCCAAAUCGAUCCAGGAACUGACCUGGAACGACACCGGCAAAGAAGAGCUGAAGCUUCUGCGGCCGACGGUGCUGCUGAGCGCUGUACUCUGGGAGGAACCGGACGCGAUCCGGAACGCCAAAGAGUUGAUGAACGAUCAAGCCAAUAUCCCGCCGAAUUUGCGAUCGGUGGCCUAUGUAGGGUCGGUUCUUUCCGGGGAGAUCCGCUACUGGCAGGACUGCUGGGCGCUGUACAAUGCGCUUCGUCGAGAGAAGGACGUCGGUUCGGAAGAGCGAAUGGAACUUCUGCGAGCGCUGGGCGUCACGAAGGAUGCCUGGCUGCAGAACCGCCUGCUGUCGCACGUGAUAACGCUCCCUGUGACGGAGAUUGUCCAGGUGCUGCAGGCGAUCGCCGGUACUCCCACCGGAGGAGCGAUGGCCUGUCGGUUCCUGCAGGCCAAGUGGCUCGAUUUCCAGUCGAAACUGGGCAAGGGCAGCGUCAACUUUGCCCGGGUGAUAUCGGCCAUCACGCAGUACGGUUCGACCAAGUUCGACUAUGAUGAGCUGAAAUCCCUGGUGGAACGCUUCGGUGACGGACCGGGCAUGAAGAUCCUCAACAUGACCCUCAGCAUGGUGGCGGCCAACGUCGAGUGGGUCAGCCGUUCGCAGUCGUCCAUCUACAGCUGGAUCGAAACCAAAUACUCGGAGAAGUAAAGCCCUGUUAAGGACACCGCAUUGAGUGGAAUUUGAGAGGCGCGAGAUCACGUAUGAAUCAGAGCAGACAGAGGAUCGCGGAACAAAACGAUGUACAUCUAUUUUUGGGUUUUUAAUUUUUCGAAUCUAUAGAGCCAUAAACAGUAGACGUGUAACACAGAGUCACAAAAGUGUGAAUGGGACGGAAAAUGACGACAAAGAACAAAUUUUAGAAACACAAAACAAAACAAAGCGGAGAGAUCGAGAUCGGUAUGAGCGGGAGAUUUUUCAAGAAUGCGUGCGCGAACAAUUUAAAACGCUAAGAAAAUCAGAAUGCAUUUAUCUGUAGUACAAUCUCUGGUAGCAGAAUUUUUAAUCCAACUAUAUGAAAAUGGGAACGACUCUUCCAAAGACACAAAAAACGGGCAAACCUGUGUAGACGGUGUUCAGCUGUGUAAAUGUGAAUGCUGUUUUUUUUGCGUUAGGUCUUGAUCGGUGACAGCAAUCUAAUUUUCCACAUUUGCAAUAGCUUCGUAUUCGAAAAUGGGACUGAUUUGUAUCAUUCAUUAUUAAGCCGCUAUUACAGAUUCAUAGAACCUAGCAUCAUUCGUAGCAUUAGAAUAGACGGAAAGUGCGACGAUUCGACUAAACUAAUCGCAAUAAGAGGCAACUACUUAGCUUUGACAGUAAAAAGACAUUUAUUCCCAUCAUUAGUUAAAAAAUGCCGGUCUACGGGCUUAUUAGGAUUACACCUGUGAAUCAUCGUCGUCAUCGUAGAAGACAAGGUCCACUUGUCAUCGAUGGCAAUGAGGAAAUGGAUUUGACACGCAACCCCCCAAAAACGAUUUCGGUUCCGUAGAUAUAUACUUAGUUGACGAACCAGAGAGAAAUAGCUAUGAUCAAAACAAUACAGUCAGAGAAGCUAGUAAAAAAUCUUCGGUUGCAUUCGUGUGUGAAGAGGAGGAAAUAUGUAUAGCAGAAGGAAAAUCGUUCACCAUUCCCCUUAUAUUAAUGAUGAUUUCCUAACUUCUACAUAAGGCAUGACAUUUGGAAGGCACGUGAGAUUAGCGACGGAUAGGGAAAGACGUGAAACUUACAAUGGGGUAGAAGAGCAGGUGUGUGAUAUGAGAAGGCGAUUUCCGAAUCGCAUUUAAGCAGUAUUAAGACGGAAAGCGGAAAAAACCAGUUUCCCUAGUCUACUACUAAGAGCAGAGACGUUUCUUAGCAUAUAUUUACGUUACAGAAAUUUGAAGUUACCAGGAUGGAGAUUUAACUUUAUGUGACAAAGCCGGAAAUCGGAAGCUAUUCAAUGUUCGGUACCAGAGUAAACUGUAGUUCACUUUGUUGGUUCUCGUUUCCAGCUAUAAUCGUUUCCCUGUGAGAAUAAUACGAAGCUGUAACGUUCUACAAUCUACUUUUAGCGUAAAACUAAUUUAUAUCGAUUUUAAUUGUGAAAUUGAUGAAUAUCUAGAAAAAAGGUCUAAGGAAGAUACCCUGAUGAAGUCUCUAUUGUAGGCGGUCGAAACGUAGAAAGCUACAACUCGCAAUGUUGAACAAUUUCACAAUUGAAAUAUUUCUCCAAAACGGAAUCAUUCUCUCGCAAUAUCUGUAAUAGAUUUUUAUCGAAAAAGCAAACACUUAAAAUGCUCAGUAAAACUUCUGUGUAGCAAUAUAUAUCUAUACAAAACCAACCACACUCACACUCAUAUAAGCAUGGAAUAUUAGUUUGAAUUCUCCUAACAACAUAACGAACAACAGUUGACGACAAUUGAUAGACGCGAUUAGUUCAUUAUCAAUACGCUUAUCGAGGAUAACAUUGAAACCAUCUUACAUUCCUUACAUUGACAACUCACGAAGCCCAAACUCACACGUUGAUGAAACCCAUUUGGAUGAGAUGUUUUCUAACAUUCUGAUUUGAGGAAACCACUUCUAUUCAACCACGCGGACUGUGUUAAGAAACUAAAAACAAAAACUAAAUUAAUAAGAAAACGAAACAAAAGCGGAUUUCGUGUGCUAAGUUUUGUGUCAUAUUAUCGUCAUGUAUAGAUUAUUAUGUAUAUUAUGGGGUAUAGUGAGAAUCGGAGAGCGGGAAGAAAAAAACCAAACAGUGUCGAAAACAUAGAAGAAAAUAAUGAAGAAGAAUUUGGGUUGAUAGGAGUAAGGAAGAAGGCAACAACCGGAAAACAACCAGAAGCGUGUCGUAAAACAUUGUGUCAAAACAGAAAAGAAACCGUUAAUAAAACACUUCAAUCUGUA